UUCACAGAUGCUGAGAGCUAAAAUGGCGCAGAAAGGAGUUCAGCUUCACUCUGACAACUUCUCCUGUUCAGUCUGUUUGGAUCUACUGAAGGAUCCGGUGACUAUUCCCUGUGGACACAGCUACUGCAUGAACUGCAUUAAAACCCACUGGGAUGAAGAGGAGGAGAAGAGAAUCCACAGCUGCCCUCAGUGUAGGCAGACCUUCACACAGAGGCCUGUCUUGAUGAAAAGCACCAUGUUAGCAGAUUUAGUGGAAGAGCUGAAGAAGACUGAAAUCCAGGCUGCACUUACUUGUCACCGCUAUGCUGGACCUGAAGAUGUGGCCUGCGAUCUCUGCACAGGAAGAAAACUAAAAGCUAUGAAGUCUUGUUUGGUGUGCCUGAUCUCUUACUGUGAGCAGCACCUUCAGCCUCAUUAUGAUGUGGCUCUGUUAAAGAAACACAAGCUGACGGAUCCCUUCAAGAGGCUUCAGGAGAACAUCUGCUCUCAUCAUAGUGAGGUGAUGAAGAUUUUCUGUCGUACUGAUCAGCAGAGUAUCUGUUAUGUCUGCUCUUUGGAUGAACAUAAAGGCCAUGAAAUUGUCUCAGCUGCAGCAGAAAGGGCAGAGAUGCAGAGCGAGCUCGAGGUGAGUCGACUAAAAAUCCAGCAGAGAAUCCAGGACAGAGAGAAAGAGGUGAAUGUGCUUCAGCUGGAGGUGAAGGCCAUCGGUUUCUCUGCUGAUAAAGCAGUGGAGGAGAGCGGGAAGAUCUUCAGUGAGCUGAUCCAUCUAAUCCAGAAAAGAAGCUCUGAUGUGAAGCAGCAGAUCAGAUCCCAGCAGGAAACUGAAGUGAGUCGAGUCAUAGAGCUUCAGGAGAAGCUGGAGCAGGAGAUCGCUGAGCUGAAAAGGAAAGAUGCUGAACUGAAGCAGCUCAUACACACAGAGGAUCACAAUCUGUUUCUGCACAACCAUCCCUUACUGUCACCACUCAGAGGGCCUACAGACUCAUCCAGCAUCAAUAUCCGUCCCCUGAGGUACUUUGAGGAUGUGAGAGCAGCCGUGUUAGAGACCAGAGAUAAACUACAGGACAUCCUGAGUGAGACAUGGUCAAACCUCUCACUCAUAGUCACUCAGGUGGAUGUUUUACUGUCAGUUCCAAAACCAGAGCCAAGGACCAGAGCUGUAUUCUUAAACUAUUCACGUGGAAUCACCCUGGAUCCAAACACAACAAACAAAUGGCUGCUGUUAUCAGAGGGGAACAGAAAGGCGACAUUAAUGCAACAACAGCGACCUUAUUCUAAUCACCCAGAUCGAUUCACUGCGUGGGCUCAGGUCCUGAGCAAAGAGAAUCUGACUGGACGUUGUUACUGGGAGGUGGAGUGGAUAGGGACAGGAUUUCAUGUAGCAGUCGCGUAUAAGAAUAUCAACAGAGUAGGGUGGGGGGAUGAGUGUAAAUUUGGACACAAUGACAAAAGUUGGGCGUUAAAUUGUCACAAAAAAAGAUAUGAAUAUUGGUACAAUAACAGCCACACUCCGGUCUCAGGUCCUCAGUCUUCCAGAAUAGGAGUGUACCUGGAUUACAGUGCAGGUAUCCUGUCCUUCUACAGUGUGGCUGAAACCAUGACGCUCCUCCACAGAGUCCACACCACAUUCACUCAGCCGCUCUAUGCUGGAUUUUGGCUUUAUUCAGGUGUGAAAACAACUAGAUUCUGCAAACUCAAGUAGAGAGAAAUCUUUCACGUUGCAGUGGGUUUAAAGCAGUAUUUUAGGUUUUCUUUAUAUUUGCUUUCCAUUAUUAUUGUGUCAUUUCUGCACUGCACAGUCAAACAUAACAGUUCUUGUAUCCAGUUAGCCAUGAGGCUGCAAUGGAAGCUUAUUUGUGUCACUGAAAAAAAAAAAUGCUAUCCAUAAGUUAAAAUUUUGAGUUAUUAUCUCAAAAUUUUGGUUUAGGUAUUUCAAAAUUCAACUUACUCAAAAGUUUGAGAAGUUUAAAAAAAUACAUUUAUGUGUGUUAUUUCACUUUACUUCAAAAUCAACCUAUAUAUGUAUUUUUUUCCCCCUCUUCUUGCAGUGCUAUUUAACCAUCCACACUGUUUUGGUUGAGUUGCUCAUUUUGGGAUGUAGAUAAUUGUCUGCCUACUCUUUAAUAUAUAGAAACUAAAUGGCACUUACCUUAUGGUGCUCAAAGUGUCAAAAAAUAUUUUUAAAGCAUUUCUGAAAACCAGUUUGUAAAAAAUAAAAUAUUAAAUGAAACAAUUAAAUAAAAAUAAUCACAUGUACAUACACAUACACAACAGGAUGACAGUAGUUAAGUAGAAAGAUAAUAUUUCCUGCAGACUGCACCAGGACAUUUCUGGUUUGCCUGAGGGCCUUUCUGACCUGAUGUGAACUUGGGCAGAGAUAUAAUUUUUUUAAAAAGCUGCUCUCACCACAGCAUCCGGCACCAUGCAGCUUAUCCAUCUCACUCACAUUGUGUCUACAUGUGUACAUAAUAUAAGACAUAUUAGAGAUGUCAUUAGGCCUCAAAGAAAAGGCGGAGGAGAAAGGGAGCUAAACAGGAGAAGUGCCGGUUGUUUGUUUGUUUGUUUUUAGCUUAUGUUCAGUUGUGCAGUUUUUGUGGAGUUAUGGAUACAGACUCUCCCCCUUCCUUCAUUUGAAAAAAAGAGCUGACUGAUUGCACUAUUGUUCUUUAUUUCUUUUUCAAAUUUCCUCUAAAACAUAGGAUACACUGCCCAUGUAUU